AUGUGGACUGGUGAAAGGGAAGAACAUAUAAUUCGCCUGAAGGCACGACGAUGUCAGACUUAUGAUACACUAAGUUCUCGUACUAGGGACAAUCGCAGUGUCAUUGUCGCUGAUAAUAUGGAUUUGAACCUGCACAUUGACAUCCCAAAGACGCCGAAUCAUUUGACGACGCCAUCUCUACCAUUCAGAUUCCCACAGAAAGAUUUUCAUUUUUUCACCCUCGACACAAUCACAUCUGCUACCCACCUCAACGUCACCGUCAACAUGGCGGAUCACCGUGCUUCGAUGCAAGAGAUGCAGCGUAACGUCGAAGUUCUUUGGAACAGGAGAUCCAAUGUUCUGAAAAGAUAG